GCCCUUGUUUGAUACCGAUGCUACGAGACCCACGCCGACGUCGCCAUGCUGUAGACGGCUAUCCAUCUGUCUGAGGAGUAGUUGCACACCUCGCAUCUAGCAUAACCACACGCGCCGUCGAACGCCAUCACCCUAAACUGAAACAUCGUUGCCGCCGAAGAGCACAGCGCCGCCCCGGUCCAUCUCAAGGCGCAGUCGCAACAUGGCGAGGGACCUCUCCCCGUACAGCGCACGGCUGCUGUUGACGCAACAGCUGAAUGGAGAGAAGAGUGUCGCUCCGCAGACGAGCAGCGGUCCAAGUCGCGAGAGGGUCUCUCAAAAAGAGCCAGAACGUACUAGGAAGGAACCCUCUGUGCCGUCAGGUCGCUGGGAGAGGAGCAGGUCGAGAGAGCCCAAGCCCAGACACGUGUCUAGAGGUGUCUCCCGAGAUGUGUCCAGGGAGAGAAAGUCCAGGAAUGCGUCCAAGGAGAGGAGGCCUACAGACGCAUCGAAAGACGGCAAGCUGAAGGAUGCGCCUGCAGAGACAAGCGUCUCGAUACGUACCCGCCAAGGGUCGCCAGAGCCAUACAGGAGGCCGCGAGACUCGUCACGAGAGAGGAAGCGCGACAGGUCCAAGGAUCGGCGCCGGGAGCACUCCAAAGACCGCCAGCGCCAUCGUUCGAGGGACAGGAAACGCGACAGGUCAAGGGAUAGAUCGCGGGACAGAUCACGAGACAAGAAGAGAGGGCAUUCACGCGACAAGCACCGCCAUCGCAGCCGCUCCCGCUCCGGCGACGCACCCAAGGACCGCAAACGCGACCAUUCAGCCUCCCGACGCAGCAAAAGAGACCGCUCACGCUCCCGAGACCGCCGACGCCGCGACGCCCGCCCAUCACGAUCCCCCGUCCCCCACCGCUCGCGCAAACCACGCGCCCGCUCCCCCUCAGCCUCGACAUCCCCCCCGCCCAAGCGCCGCCGCCGCACCCGCUCGCCCUCGCGCUCCCCCCACCAACGCGCCAAGAAGCCGCUCCCCCCGCAGGAAAUCUCCUUCCGCGGCCUCGACGACUCAGCGCAACCGCCUACCAAAUACGGCGGCGCCCCACCAGACAAGGAAAAGCCAAACUUCAAGGCCUCGGGCGCCCUGGCCAAACACGCAAAUCGCGUCGAGGGCACAAAGAUCUCCCUCAAGUACCACGAGCCGCCCGAGGCGCGCAAACCGCCCCCCUCCCAGCCGUGGCGCAUCUUCGUCUUCAAGGGCGAGGACGUCGUGGAUACGCUGGAGAUUGGGCAGAAGAGUUGCUGGUUGUUGGGCCGCUCGCAGGAGGUUGUCGAUUAUGUGCUUGAGCAUCCGAGUUCGAGCGGGCAGCACGCGGUUAUCCAGUUCCGCUAUAUUCAAAAGACGGUCGAAGACGAGUUUGGCGUUAAGAGCAAAAAGGGGAAGGUCAAGCCGUAUAUUAUCGAUCUUGAGAGUAGUAACGGGACGGAGUUGAAUGGCGAGAAAGUCGAGGCUAGUCGCUACUUUGAGCUUAGGGAUAAGGAUAUCCUGCAGUUUGCGGGCAGUGAGCGGGAGUAUGUCGUUAUGCUGCCGCCGCCGGACAGUAAAUAAGCAGGCCGUUAUCCCAGAAUGCGACGACAUCACAGAGAGAAAGAGAGAGAGAGAGAAAGAGAGCAAAAAGCAAAUGAUAGUAAAUAAUAAUAAAACCCCCCAGUCUAAUACCGCAAAUCCCAAA